GUAUUAUUAUUAUUAUCUUUUUGUCUGCGCAAAAUUAGCAAUCUUAAAUGGACAAUACAACGUUCAUCACUUUCACUGUUUGCGAAUUUUUGUUUCAUUAUGGUAAUAUGUGCAGUGAAUUAUAUCGAACUUUAUAUAUAUAACUAAGCCAAGAAUACGCGUUUGGUGUUAUUUUAUUUGGAAAUGUUAAAUAAGAAGGUUUACUUUUCUGCGAUCAAUGUCAUUUGAAGUCUUUUGCCAAAAGUAUAAAACAUAAAAUUUGUCUGUGAAUCGUGAAACGAUGAAGUCUUUCAAUUUUCUAUCAGCAACGGCUUUUUUGCUGGUCACAUUUUGUGUUUAUGUCAAAACGAAGGAAACGUUCGAAUAUUGUUUAAAAAGUGAAAUAAAUCCUGGACUAGUGUCAUGUGUCGGGCAACAAGUUCUUUCUUCGUUGUAUCAAAUCGAUGAACAAAAUAAUUUUACCAUAACCAACGGAUUGACAAUGAUCAAAGAUGAAAGUGUUUCGCAGCGAUCAGUACCAAAUUUAUUCGAUCAGGACCCAAUGGAUUUCAGGGGAAUGCUAGAAAAUGCCGGAGCUAUAGUUGGACAACGUACUCUACAAUGGGACUUAAGUAUGAUACAUUCGGGUCUAUGCUUGCGAAUUGGUCCAUCAGCGGCCUCGAAUAGUUUGCUUGAAUUUGUCAUUGAUCCAAAUAUUGCUCGAGGUGAUAGAUAUAUGGAUGACGAGCAUUCUACAGCUAGAGUUCUAACAAGACAGUUUAUUGUACCGUUUUUACUUGGACUUAAAUUCAAUUUGGUAACCAUUGUGCCGCUAAUAUUUGCCGCAAUAAUUUUACUUUGUAAAAAGGCUGCGUUUCUCGGCAAAUUUGCAUUGUUCAUAACAGGACUAUUGGGUUUCGGUAGUCUAUUUUCACUGAAUGGACUCGCUGGAGGAUUUAGUGGUCUCGGUGGGGGACUCGGUGGCGGGCUCGGUAGCUUCGGUCAUAAGCCGGUAUUCAGUGAUGGAGUUAUACAUAACGAUUAUGGUACGUUGAGUGGAGGAUACUACAAAGUGGACAAUGCCAAUGAAUAUCGGAAACAGCAAGAUCCGAGGAAGGAAGAAUUGGUAGAUAAUUUCUAUGAUUAUGAGAAAAAAGUGUUGUUGAACGAUCGAAAUAAUCCGUUUAAGAAGGAGUUUAAAUUCAAAACAACCGAUGAUCUACAGCAACCCGAAUAUCGAGCAUUUACGUGGAAAACGGUUUGAGCUCGAAUUUUGUGUUACGUUGUCUACUAUUUGUAUAAUUUAAUAAUUUAUUGAAAUAAAGAAAA